UUUUUUGUUAAUCUGUGCGGCGGGUUUGGCAAGCAGCGUCCAAACAGGAGGCGAGUGCUGACUGUCGCUGCCAAACAAAGACGCAGGAAGAAAAGGAAAGAAAAAAAAAACUGGACGGCAUCAGAGAUCGCAAGAAGUUCAUUUUCUCCACUUUUAGACUCACUUGCAUCAGGAGGAUUGAAAGGAGCCUGCCGUAGAACCCACUGGGUCGUCUCGUGACUUUCUGCCUGCUUGAAGAGGAGCGCUAAAUGCACCCGACUGACCCGAGAGAAGCAGAGAAAAGAGGCUCACUUUCCACCUUUGUUCUUGCCUUAUGUGGACCGUGUCUCAGCUCACCCCUGUGCUGUUUAGUUACUGCAUGUAGCCACCACUUCCAGGUGCAGCAAAAGAGUGAAACACAAAGUGGAAAGAAGAAAGAGAUAAAGAGAGCGAGGCUGCAUAAUUAGUAUUACUGAGUUUGUGUCAGAGCUAGAGACCAUGAGAAGAGACUUCUGAAAACAACUGUGCUCUGAAAAUCAUUGCGGCUAACCUUCAGGACAUUUGUAUGUGUGUGUGUGCGUGUGGGUAUAUGUGUGCACAACUCUUUCAUUUUCAAAGGACUUGACUUUGUAUUUGGAUGCGGAUUUAGCCUUUCAUUAUGACUCUGCAAGGAGGCUUUGAGAGAGCGUGGAUUGGCUGCAACAGAGGUGUCUGCUGCUGGGUAUUGCUGCUGCCUUGUUAUUUCGCGAUCGCCUUGGCAGCCAAACCCAAAAUGCCAGGCCACACACACCUCAAUUCAAUACGUAUUGAUGGGGACAUAUCGCUGGGUGGGCUGUUCCCAGUGCAUGCAAGGGGAAACGAUGGCAAAGCCUGUGGGGAGCUGAAGAAGGAGAAAGGGAUCCAUAGGCUGGAGGCCAUGUUAUUUGCCCUGGAUCGUAUCAAUAAUGACAAUGAGCUGCUGCCUAAUAUCACAUUGGGGGCACGCAUUCUGGACACCUGCUCCCGGGACACCCAUGCUCUGGAGCAGUCGCUGACAUUUGUUCAGGCGCUGAUUGAGAAAGACUCAACUGAUGUCAAGUGUCUCAGCGGAGGGCCGCCCAUCAUCACUAAGCCUGAGAGAGUGGUGGGAGUGAUUGGUGCAUCUGCCAGCUCCGUGUCAAUCAUGGUAGCCAACAUUUUGCGUCUCUUCAAGAUCCCUCAGGUGAGCUAUGCCUCCACGGCUCCGGAGCUGAGUGAUAACACCCGCUACGACUUCUUCUCGCGGGUGGUGCCCCCAGACACCUACCAGGCCCAGGCCAUGGUGGACAUUGUCAAAGCCAUGCGCUGGAACUAUGUUUCCACUGUAGCCUCUGAGGGAAACUACGGAGAAAGUGGCGUUGAUGCGUUUAUACAAAAGUCCAGAGAGGAUGGUGGUCUGUGCAUUUCCCAGUCCGUGAAAAUACCACGGGAGCCAAGGACCGGAGAGUUUGACAAGAUUAUUCGCAGACUGAGUGAGAACCCCAACGCCCGAGUAGUCAUUAUCUUUGCCAAUGAGGAUGACAUCAGGCGGCUCCUUCAGGCAGCUAAGAAGGCUAAUCAAACCGGCCAUUUCAUCUGGGUAGGUUCAGACAGCUGGGGCUCCAAAAUCUCCCCAAUACUGAACCAGGAAGAAAUGGCAGAAGGAGCUGUCACCAUCCUACCCAAACGACAGUCCAUCAAAGGUUUUGAUCGCUACUUCAUCAGCCGAACACUAGAGAACAACAGAAGGAAUAUCUGGUUUGCAGAGUUCUGGGAGAAUAACUUCCAAUGCAAGCUUAGUCGGCACGCUGUGAAGAAAGGAUCUGGCAUCAAAAAAUGCACAAAUCAUGAGCGGAUCGGGAAAGACUCAUCCUACGAACAAGAAGGGAAGGUUCAGUUUGUGAUCGACGCAGUUUAUUCCAUGGCUCAUGCUCUACAUAACAUGCACAAGGAUCUCUGCCCUGGAAAAGUUGGCCUCUGCUCCAAGAUGGAUACCAUCAAUGGCACACUGCUGCUCAAGUACAUCCGCAAUGUCAACUUUACAGGAAUUGCUGGCACCCCGGUGGUCUUCAACGUGAAUGGAGAUGCUCCUGGUCGCUAUGAAAUCUACCAAUACCAGAUCGUAAAUAACAUCACAGAAUACAAGAUCAUUGGCCACUGGACAGAUCAGCUCCACUUAGACACUAAUGAGAUGCAGUGGCCUGGUGAAUCACAAGAAGUCCCAUCCUCUAUAUGCAGCCAACCCUGUCGUCCUGGGCAGCGCAAGAAGACAGUGAAGGGAAUUCCAUGUUGUUGGCACUGCGAGAAUUGUGAUGGCUACCAGUAUCAGGCAGACACUUACACCUGCAAGAUGUGCCACUUUGAUUUGCGGCCGAAUGCAAACCACACUGGCUGCGAUGCCAUUCCCGUUGUCAAGCUGGAGUGGAGCUCCCCCUGGGCAGUCAUCCCUGUCCUUAUCGCUGUCCUGGGCAUCAUGGCUACUGUGUUUGUGGUCGCCACGUUUAUACGCUACAAUGACACGCCCAUUGUUAAGGCAUCAGGUCGAGAACUGAGCUAUGUGCUGCUGACGGGUAUCUUUCUCUGCUAUGCUACCACAUUCCUUAUGAUCUCCACUCCUGAUGUGGUUAUAUGCUCCCUGCGAAGAAUUUUCCUGGGCCUGGGUAUGAGUAUAAGCUAUGCAGCGCUGCUGACCAAGACAAAUCGGAUCUACAGGAUUUUUGAGCAGGGCAAGAUGUCAGUCAGUGCCCCUCGAUUCAUCUCCCCAGCCUCCCAGUUGGUCAUCACAUUCAGCCUGAUAUCAGUGCAGCUGCUUGGAGUGUGUAUCUGGUUUGGUGUUGACCCAUCACAAGCCAUCAUCGACUAUGAGGAUCAGCGUACAGCCAAUCCUAAAAUGGCCCGUGGUGUUCUGAAAUGUGAUAUAUCAGACCUCUCUCUCAUCUGUCUGCUGGGUUAUAGCAUGCUGUUGAUGGUCACCUGCACAGUUUAUGCAAUCAAGACCAGAGGGGUUCCGGAGACAUUCAACGAGGCCAAGCCCAUCGGCUUCACCAUGUACACCACCUGCAUCGUAUGGCUUGCCUUCAUCCCCAUCUUCUUUGGGACCUCACAAUCAGCAGAAAAGAUGUAUAUCCAAACCACAACCCUGACCAUCUCCGUAAGCCUCAGUGCGUCGGUCUCUCUGGGAAUGCUCUACAUGCCUAAGGUCUACGUGGUUCUCUUUCAUCCAGAGCAGAACGUACCCAAGCGCAAGCGCAGCCUGAAGGCCGUGGUUACUGCAGCCACCAUGUCCAACAAGUUCAACCCCAAAGGUGGCCUGAGGCCCAAUGGAGAGGCCAAGUCUGAACUCUGUGAAAGUCUUGAAACACAAGACUGUGUUGAGGGAGGGGAGCCUUGUGAGGGACUUUAGACUCUCAGCGUUGGCUUCCAAGCAGACAUACAUAAGCUACAGUAACCACGCCAUCUAAGCCAGAGACGAACAGUGGAAGCGGAGCCAGGGCCUGUCUGAGAAGAAAUCACCUGAUUCUGGGGCAUACUGGGGAAAUAGUGGAGGACUUCUACGCAGCUACAGCACAGAGGACUGGGGUGGAAAGAUGGGAAUUUGUCACUCCAUAAAGUGAAAGGAUGUCAUAUUUUUCUAGGGAAUCAGGUAAAGGCUUGAAUGCCAAAAUUCUGAGAAAUUAGUAGAUUUGCAGGAGGGAGAUGUAAGGGAGAUUGGACACUUAAUUUUCCUCUUCCCACCCUUUCUCAGACACAAGUGAGCAUUGAGCAGUGACGUUUCCACAUGCAGGCUAAGUGAACCACCUGUAGUCCACAGUAUUUUUUUCUUGUGAAGUGUAAAGCACACAAUUUCAGCUCUCUAUGAGGCUGAAUCGUUUGUCUGAAUUCAACAAA